CCCAGCUUUUGUAGCAGUACAUACGUUGCUACAGGGGUUAAAAGCGGACACUGGCUACUAAAUAGAAAGCACAUUAAUGUGUAAGUACUCUGCUCUGUUUCGUGUGGCGUUUAUGGAGUUUGGAGCGGCGCAUUGGACUGGAAGAUGACUUUUUUUAUAUUCAACCUGCUUGAAAAGGGAAGAUGUUAUGUGUCCCAAACCAAAGACUAAGUUAGAGCUGAAAAUGGAUAAUGUCAGUUUUAUACGAAAAGGACAUUUGUGAGGUGAGCAUAUGAGAGCUGAUAUUAGCAUUAGCCUAGCUGGACAUAAACCGGUCGGGUUCGAGCAGACGUGAUAUAAGAGGGGACACAUUUACUGUAUCGCUGGCUGCUGGUGCGUGAUUUAAAUGGUCCAUGCACUACCACUACACAGAAAAGCUUCUCCGUCUACGUUGCUUCGACGAAAAAAGCAGCCUUUCCUCCCACGGUACAUUGUUUUAGUGACAUAACCCAUCCAACCAUGGAUCUGCUGGAGUGUCCUCUCUGUCUCUUCCUGAUGUGCGAGCCGGUGACCAUGUCGUGCGGUCACACGUUCUGCCGGAGGUGCGUCGGGGGGCACCUCCCGUCCAAAUGCCCCGCGUGCAAUGUGAGGCUAAAACAAAGAGAGGUGAAAGGCAUGAAGAACAACGUUUUGCUCAUCAGUGUCGUUGAAAAGUGCUGCCCCGAAGAGACCAGAAUGAAGUGCCAUAUACAGGAGAAGCUCAAAGCCAACGAGUUCGUGGAAGCUUUAAGCAUCACAAAUGACGGGCUAGACUUAGUCCCAGACGAUCAGAGUUUGAAGGUGUACAGAGCUGAAGCUAACUGGGGCCUGUUGCGUUUCACUGACGCUCUGACAGACCUCGACUACCUCUGCUGCCUUCGUCCCAACUGGACUGAGGGCUUCUUUCGUAAAGGGAAUGUACUGCUGGAAAUGGGUCAGCAGACAGAAGCUCUCAUCCAGUUCCACCAUUGCCUAAAACUUCAAGCUGAUUUUGCUCCUGCAAAGAGCCAGAUCAAGAAGAUCCUGGAGGCAGAGGGCAUGACAGUGCCGGAGGAGGUGUCCUGCAUCCUGCAGGUGGUGUCAGAGUACUUGAAAGAGCCCUGUCCCAUUACCAGCCUCAGCGGCUCGCAGGGGCCGACCCACCCUGAGGGCCUCAAACAUCCACCUGGAGAAGAGGGAGAGGGUGAAGGCAGGAGAGACGCACACCAGGUGAAACAUGAUACAGGUACUGAGUGCUGCCUCAGCCUCUGCCAAGCUGUUUCCUUCCUCCCUGCUGCUGAAGAGGACGAGGAGAUGAUGAUGAGGAAAGAAGAAGGGCAUGGCAGGGGUGAAAGUAGUCACCGCAGAGGGAAAACUCUGGGUGUUCUCACCGUGUCGGACUUUGAGUGCCCUCUCUGCAUUAGGUUGUUUUUUGAACCAGUCACUACUCCCUGUGGUCACACCUUUUGUAAAAACUGCAUAGAGCGGAGUCUGGACCACAACCUCCGCUGUCCACUCUGCAAACAGCCACUGCAAGAGUACUUCAAAAACAGGAAGUACAACCCCACAGUUCUUCUUCAGGACAUCAUGACCCACCUUUUUCCCUCCCAGUUGGCCGAGAGGAAACAGGUCCAUGAUGCUGAGAUGGCUGAACUGUCCAAUCUUACUAAGGACAUCCCUAUAUUUGUUUGCACGGUGGCCUACCCUGGAGUUCCCUGCCCCCUGCACAUCUUUGAGCCUCGGUAUCGGCUGAUGAUGCGUCGCUGCAUGGAGACUGGCACUAAGAAAUUUGGCAUGUGCAGCUAUGAGCACGGCAAAGGGUUUGCAGACUAUGGCUGUAUGCUGGAGAUCCUCAGCCUGGAGCUGCUUCCUGAUGGACGGUCCUAUGUGGACACUGUGGGUGGCAGCAGAUUCAGGGUGCUCAAGAGAGGUCAGAGAGACGGCUACCACACCGCUGAUAUAGAGUAUCUGGAGGACCUCAAGGUUGAUGGCAGUGAGUUGGAGCUUUUGCAGCGCCUCCAUGACAGUGUGUACCAGCAGGCUCAGGACUGGUACCAGCGCCUGGGUAGCCGCAUUCGUGAGCAGAUCAACAGACAGUACGGCACCAUGCCAGAUAAGGAUGGAAACAUUCAGGCUUCGUCCAACGGCCCUGCCUGGUGCUGGUGGCUGCUGUCUGUCCUCCAGCUGGACCCUGCCUAUCAGACCACCGUUCUGUCUCUGACCUCACUCAAAGACCGCUUGGGACACCUCCGCCUCGUUCUUGAGUACUUCUCUCAGAGCUAGACCCCACAGCACAGUGGUACUGACUGUGGCUCCAGCCAGCUGAGAGUCAAAUAUUACGCACACACAGACAGAUGGAGUGAAACCAAUGAAUGCACUCACACCAUUGAGUCUGGGGGUUGGGUUUUUUGGACUACUCUGAAUCAUAGAGGGACUGUUAAAGUCACAGCUCAAGGCCAAAUCACCUGGUCAAAAGCAGAAAGAUAGUUAUCUUAUUUUAAAACAUGGAGCAGUUGUACAGGGGUGGAUUUAUGCUGUUUGAGUUUGCAUUUGUUAUCUUUCUUACACCAUUUUCUUCCCUGGGAAUUCAAGAGGUUUCAGAAUAGUUUCUGAAAACACACUGUACUUGCUGUACCAGCAAGAACUGCAUGACUAACCAAAGAUGCUUCUUAUUUAAGGUCAUCAAAAGUGGUUAAUUAUUAUUUGUGGAUAAAGGAAAUCUGCUCAUUUUCUAAAAAAAAUUACUGAAAAUCUACACUAGGUGUCACUGUUUGUCCAAUUAUUACAAACAUGAAGAACAUGCUACAGCAUCAGCCAAGCUAUUGCAGUAUACUGUACUGCCAUGUGUUGCUUAUUCAAAUAAGACUCUUUGCAUUAACGUAGCUAAGUUUGGAGUGAGAAUAAAAAUUGAUAGCACUAAACAAUUUGUAUAGAAUUUUUCAAGACUUUGCACAUCAGAGGAUUAUCCAUGUGUUGCAAGUAAUCAUUUUGGAUCCCCUGAGUGAUUGUUGUUUCCUGGAGGUGAUGCUUGCAUUUUAGUUGCAUUUAUUGGCCUUGAUAGCGAUUGACUGUGGCUUACUUUAUGCUAUUGAGUAAUCUUACAAGAUCCCUAUUAAGUAUUAGUAAAUAUUGCAAUAAUAAAUUGUAGUGUCUCUUGGAAUGGCGGCAACUGGAGGAUGUUUUUUAAUGUAUGAACUGUCUUUGGAUGCUGUUUGUCAUCAUCUGAUGGUAAAAAGUCUUCUGUGUAAUUCUGAAAAUGAGGAGAUGGGGUCAGUGAGUGGAAGAUUCAAGUGUACCAGCAUUGUUUUACAGUAUGAACCUGUGUGAUCAUGUGUGUUGAUGGUCAGGUAUGGAUGCAGCACUGUAUGCAUGUGUGUCCACUGUUAAAGAAGGAGUCAUUUUUGUCCGUCGCCAUCUUCAUUAGCUUAUGUGUAGGCCACAACACCUACCUCUGGCCUCUACCAUGUCUCCCUGUCUGUUUGGCCUCUAACACCAGUCAUGGUGCCUCUGAGUGCCUGGGCCAACUCGCCUGGAGACCUGCAAGUCUUAGAGUUACUCCACAAUACAGAGGGUGGACUGUGUGAUUUUUGCCAUUGACUCUCAUUGAUAUAGUGCUACAUUCCAUAGAAUGUUAAAGCUGCAAUGAUACAUGUAGUUAAUUUACUAACAAAUACGGGCUUAACUGGGUGAAACGAGAGAGCUUAUGUUUGUGUUGUUUUUUAUUUUGAUAAAUGUGCCAUAAAUAUUUCCAUGUUAUGUGUUUUAUAGGGAUAGGUAGCUGAAUAGUAACUGUGUUUAUGUUUGUCUACAUCACAGACUCUGACUUUUCUGGCUUUCAAUCUCACACUUUGUAUGGUGGACAGUGAACUACCAUUUUGUCAUGGCCAACAUAUCACUUUAAACAGUCAGAAUUAGUCCAAACACACAUAAAGAAACACUACAAUUAAGCGUGAUAUUGUAUAUAUAGCUUAAAAUAAAAGGGGUAAUAGAGAGACUUGAUACGCACAAAAGUGUCCCACUGAAGGACAAACUAAUGGACAGAGAUGGAUACUGGAGCAGCAUUGGUUUCCUGAAUAACAGGCUAGUCUCUGAACUAUGACUUGGGAACUAAUAUUUACUUGAGGAGAACAAACACCAUUUUUACCAUCUCUUAUAAUGGGCGAAUGGAUUUUGAAAUUUUUGAAUCCAUCAAGGAAUAAGAUCAGAGUCUGAGACUUUAAUGUGCCAGUUACCGUGACAUUUUUCCAAAGCUUUUGACACUGAAAAAUGGCAAGCAUCACAAAGGUCAGUUUCCUGCUACUAGACAUGAUUUAAGCUUAUUCAAAUCAAAAAGGGAUUGAAAUUCUUAUAGAAUUUUUUUUGAAUGACCAGCCUCAUGAGCCUUUGUGGUAAACACAUGACAGCAAUACGAGUCUAUGGCCACUGAGGCAGAUUUCACUCCCUUCUCACACUUCUUGUUAGACAAAACCAUAUUUUUGCACAGUGAAAUGAUUUUGUGUGUUUUGCUUUCUGAUGCUCAGCUGCAGUCUCCCACACAUUUUCUCUGUUUUUCAAUCAUUUCUGUGUAUCACUGUCAUUACUUAAAGAUACAGCCUUUCAAUGAAUAAAUUGGUGAUGCUCUGUAUGUUGAUCACAGCGGACGGUCUAACAAUGGCUUAACUUUUAUCUCUGCACCUGUGUGCUUAAAUGCUAAAUAUAUUUGACAAAUCAAUUAUUUCACCCCUUUGUUUUUGAACUAUUUGUCAACUUUGAGUUAAAUUUGCCUGUAAUCUUUUAAUAGGUUCAGUGUCAAUGUUGCUGAUGCAUUUUGCCCCUUUUAAUCCUUUGGCAGGCGUCCGUUAGCCACAGUUGCAGUAUAAUUAACUAUCAGAAAAUGUCCUCCAACACAGUUGAAACAUUUUGCACUGAAACCACAUUGUCUCCAAUACAGAACACGGAGCAUAGUAAGUGACUCGUUCUUGGCAGCAAUCCCCCGUGAUAACGAGUCUUACACUUGUGUACUUGGCAAAGGCUGUGAAAAGCACAAUGGUUUCCUGCUAUGUGCUGCAGCUUUGCAGGAAACGUUGGCUGAUGUGGUCUGAUGGUCAGUGGUCUGUGGGCUGUGUGUAAGACUACAGACAUGCCUGCUGUUCUCUGCACAAAUACCUCCACACUAGUAUAUUUAAACCCAGUGAAAUUGACACAGUUUCUAGCCUGUCGAUUUAUUUGUAUUCAUUCCUCCACCUCCCAGUCAAUAGCAGUAAAUUACCUUGAUCUGAUUAUUAUUUAUUUGCUUGC